UGCUUGACUCGAUGAAUAUUCAUGCUCUCAUGCUUGUGAUUUUUUAUGUUCACUGUUCGGCGAGGCAUGUGCCAUGUCGUAGUCUAGUCGGUGUCGUGUCCACCUUAUUCGACGCCAAUUGCCAUGCAUUAAAUGAUUCUGCUCAAUCUGACGUACGACAACACCGCCUCCCACCUUGUGUGCCAUUUUUUUACCGUCUUUACGCCAACAGAGAGCGAUAUCUGCCAUGGGGCGUCCCCGGUCGCGUUAGAAUAGCGGAUAUAAUGCAUCUAUGCUGGGCGGUAUUAAAGUUUCGGCCGGAUGGUCUAGUCGUAUGAUUGUCGCUUCGGGCUCUUCAGUUCUCCGCCGUAAAUGGCGGAACGAAUGUGACAGGUCCCGGGGUAAGUUCUCAUAACCCCUUUAAGUUAGAGAGUCAAACUUGAACCCGCCGCUAACCCUAAUCCAGUUCAAAUCCCGGUUCGGCCCGA